AUGGCCAGCCUUCCCGACGCCGCCGCGGUCCUCGCCCGCCAGGAUUGCAAUCACGGAUGUUCCGCGGAAUGUAACACAGAAGGAGGAUCAAAAAGGGUGAUGGAGACUUUUCAGGCUAAAGAUCUGAUCAUCACACCAGCCACCGCUUUAAAAGAAAAGCCAGACUCAAGUAAUCUAGUUUUUGGAACUGUUUUCACGGAUCACAUGUUGACAGUGGAAUGGUCGUUAGAGUUUGGCUGGGAGAAACCUCACAUCAGACCUCUUGAAAACCUGUCACUACAUCCAGGCUCAUCAGCCUUCCACUAUGCCAUUGAACUAUUUGAAGGACUGAAAGCAUAUCGAGGAGUAGAUAAUAAAAUUCGACUGUUUCGACCACAUCUCAAUAUGGACAGAAUGUAUCGAUCUUCUCUGAGGACAACUUUACCAGUUUUUGACAAAGAAGAGCUUUUAAAAUGUAUCCUACAACUUGUGAAAUUGGAUCAGGAAUGGGUCCCGUAUUCAACAUCUGCUAGUCUAUAUAUUCGUCCUACGUUCAUUGGGACUGAGCCUUCCCUUGGAGUCAAGAAGCCAUCCAAAGCCCUACUUUUUGUAAUCUUGAGUCCAGUAGGACCCUAUUUUUCCUCUGGAACCUUUAAUCCAGUGACCCUGUGGGCCAAUCCGAAGUAUGUAAGAGCCUGGAAAGGUGGAACUGGAGACUGCAAAAUGGGCGGGAAUUAUGGCGCAUCUGUGUAUGCCCAAUGUGAAGCAAUUGAUAAUGGAUGUUGUCAGGUUUUGUGGCUCUAUGGAGAGGAUCAUCAGAUAACGGAAGUUGGGACUAUGAAUGUUUUUAUUUACUGGAUAAAUGAAGAUGGAGAAGAAGAACUGGCAACUCCUCCGCUAGAUGGCAUCAUUCUUCCAGGAGUGACAAGGCAGAGCAUUCUGGAACUGGCGCGCAAGUGGGGUGAAUUUAAAGUAUCUGAGAGGUACCUCACCAUGGAUGAUUUGAUCACUGCUCUGAAGGGUGACAGAGUGAAAGAGAUGUUUGGCUCUGGAACAGCGUGUAUUGUUUGCCCGGUUUCUGAUAUAGUGUAUAAGGGUGAGAAUAUACACAUUCCAACCAUGGAGAAUGGUCCUAAGCUUGCAAGCCGUAUUUUGGACAAACUGACUAACAUUCAAUAUGGAAGAGAAGAGAGCACCUGGACAAUCCUCGUAUCCUGA